AUGGCCCUCCCUAAACGUCUCGCGCUCGUUCUGUUUUCUGUGUUUUUAUUGCUUUCCAGGUAUCCAUCGCCUUCACCACCACCACCACCACCACCCUACUUCGAACCCAACAAUCCUGCUGUUGAUGAAGAAGGAGAGGCGGGUAUUUCGACCAUGUACUACUAUUCAUCCAUCGACAUGAUACGAGCCGCCCAUUAUGAUCCAAAAAACCCAUUUGCAUUCAGUGCAGAUCAAUUAGGCGCCGUGGUCGAAAAACGCGAUCUCAAAUAUCUGAAUGAUGUGGGCGGUGUACUUGGCAUGGCAAAAGGUCUACAUUCGGAUAUCAUGCAAGGAUUACCUGACGAUGAGCGAUAUCUAUUGCGAACGAUUACUCUGAACGACCUCGUAACAGCAGCAUCGUCGUGUAAUAAAAGCACAACAAGUAGCGACGACGACGAUGAUGAUGAUGAAAGUGAUAUUCUAGACGAGGAUAUGGUGGCAUACGACGUAAAUAAUCUUUACCAGAACCAUGACGUUGAUGGCAACGACAGCAUAGCAACGCAUCAUCAACGCAAAGCCGUGUUUGGCAGAAAUGUGCUACCUUGUGUUCAGCACAAGAGCUUGCUGCGUUUAAUAUGGACAUCGCUUCAAGAUAAAACUCUGAUCUUACUGAUAGUCGCAGCAGUCAUCUCGUUAACGGUCGGCAUUUAUGAAGACUUAACGACGGUUGAAUACGAUAGCAGUGGCAACCGGAUACCUGGCGUUAAAUGGGUCGAAGGCAUGGCAAUUUUGUUUGCCAUUAUUCUCGUUGUUCUUGUAGGCAGCAUCAAUGAUUUACAAAAGGAAAAGCAGUUUCGACGACUCAAUGCGCAAAAAGAACACAGACAUAUUGACGUCAUUCGAUCCGGUAAUGUUCAGCUCAUAUCCGUCUACGAUAUUCAAGUUGGCGACGUGGUUCGACUUGUUCCUGGCGACAUUAUUGCAGCCGAUGGCGUGUUUAUCCAGGGAAGUAACGUCAAGUGCGACGAAUCUGCAACUACUGGCGAAUCCGAUGCUGUGCGUAAGGCCCGUCUUCAAGAAUGUCUUGCAUGGGGUGGAGGAAAGCCUCCGUCAUCCAAUACAUUGGUGUCAUCAUCGUCUGGCAACAGCAAUGACAAUUUAUUGAUGGACUUGCACGACGCUUGUCCCGAUCCGUUUCUUAUUUCUGGAUCCAAGGUUAUUGAAGGCGAAGGCACCUAUCUAGUAACCUCGGUUGGUGUUCAUUCGUGCCACGGAAAGACAAUGCUAGCCAUGCGCACACCUGAUGAACAAACCCCACUACAGCAGAAGCUCAAUGUCCUGGCAGGCAAUAUCGCAAAGUUUGGUGUUUCUGCUGCUGGCGUUGUGUUCAUCAUCUUGUUGGUCCGCUGUGUCGUCUCGUAUUCGUCCAAUGAAUCGCCUUCGGUGACGGCGUCGGUGGUGGUGUCACAAAUCAUGCACAUCUUGAUCACAGCGGUGACAGUGGUUGUGGUGGCUGUACCUGAAGGAUUGCCGCUUGCUGUGACACUUGCACUGGCAUAUGCCACGCAGCGAAUGCUUAAAGAUAACAACUUGGUACGCGUCCUGGCCGCUUGUGAAACAAUGGGAAACGCAACCACAAUCUGCUCAGACAAGACCGGCACCUUGACACAAAACACCAUGGCUGUCGUCGCUGGCACAUUUGGCUCAUCCUUUCGAUUCCUGCGGGACCCACCAGCAUCGCGCGGUGACUUGAUCGAUCUCACAUCCAUCCGGUACAAAAUCCCACUCCCUGUACGCAACUUUAUCAACCAAGCCAUGGCGCUAAACUCGACCGUGUACAUGAGCACCAAUGCAGCCGGUGAAAAGACAUUGAUGGGCAACAAGACCGAAACAGCGACCCUUCAUUUCGCGCAAGAUUACAUGCAAUGCGAACCCUUUGAGCUCUUGCGCACCUGCUGGGCUGUUGAACAUGUCUACUCCUUUAACUCAGCUCGCAAGGCCAUGGCGACUGUGAUCCGCAUCCCGGUCUUGGACGAGUACACGAAAAAGGAGAAAAUCAUCUAUCGAUUGCACGUCAAGGGCGCAUCCGAAAUGUUGUUGGGUUGCUGCUCCAGCAUUGUGUCCAUGCACGCACAGUCGUAUGAGCGAUUUGAUGGGAUUAUGAAUGGCAACAGUUAUGCUAUUGAGACCCGGACCAUGACCGAUGCCAACCGUGCACGCAUGGCCAAAAUCAUUUCCAGCUAUGCUACACGAUGUCUUCGGACACUUGCAUUUUGUUAUCGUGAUUUCGACACAUGGCCACCACAGCAGCAGAAGCUCGAAGAUAUUCUGAGUGCAGGCGACUUGACGUUACUUGGUAUUGUAGGGAUUGAAGACCCUUUACGACCCGGUGUCAAAUCAGCCGUUGCAGCAUGUCAGCGCGCUGGUGUCUGUGUGCGUAUGGUGACGGGCGACAACAUGCUGACGGCCAAAAGCAUUGCCCGACAAUGCGGUAUUUAUACACCGGGCGGAAAGACCAUGGACGGGCCCACGUUCCGUCAACUGACACACGCCGAGCGACAACACAUACUUCCGGAUCUGCAAGUACUCGCACGCUCGAGUCCAGAAGACAAACGGAUUUUGGUGCAAAGUCUCCGAGAAUUAGGCGAAACUGUAGCGGUGACAGGCGACGGUACAAACGACGGUCCAGCACUCAAAGCAGCCGACGUUGGGUUCUCGAUGGGACUAGGCACCGAGGUGGCCAAGGAAGCCUCGUCGAUUAUUCUAAUGGACGACAAUUUCGCAAGCAUUGUGCGCGCCAUUUCAUGGGGCCGUUGUGUCAACGACUCGGUCAAGAAGUUCUUGCAGUUCCAGUUGACAGUCAAUAUCACUGCUGUGGUGCUGACAUUGGUCUCGGCUGUCGUUGAGAGCAAGUCAGUGCUGACAGCGGUCCAGUUGCUGUGGGUGAAUUUAAUCAUGGAUACGUUUGCGGCGUUGGCAUUGGCAACUGAUCCGCCUACACCACAGCUGCUCGAACGACUACCCGAAGCACGCACUGCGCCACUCAUCCAUGCGCCCAUGUGGAAAAUGAUUUGUGGUCAGAGCAUCUAUCAAAUCACGGUCAUUCUAUCGCUCAUGUACACCGACCUGCUUCAUUUGGACACGGCUACGUUGGAAACGGUGGUUUUUACGGCCUUUGUAUUCUGUCAGAUCUUUAAUGAAGUCAACUCACGACGGAUUGAUAAUCGAUUCAACGUAGUCAAAGGCAUCACGAAAAACAAGUUCUUUGUGUUGAUCUUUGUCGUGACUCUACUUGGCCAGUUUGUCAUUGUCGAAUGUGGUGGCUCAGCCUUACAGACGGUUCCAUUGAACGCAAAGCUGUGGGGCGUGUGUAUCUUGAUUGGCGUCAUGUCGUUACCUGUCGGUGCUCUUAUCAGGCUUGUUCCUGACGAGCUGUUCUUCUCGCAUACAGCACCCGUCUAUCAUGUCGACACGGUGUCCCGUCCACCAGCAAUUCCUCCUCGUGAUGAUGAUGUGGAUGAACGUUUAGCUUGGCAUGCGGUGCCACGACAGCACCAUGAACCACUAGCAACGUCGACGACGACAACGAGGACACCGUCUGAAAAAGGGGCAUGGAUGGCACGGAAUUUCUAGCCCUACUCUCCUGAUGCUUAUAAUAAUAUAUCCAUUGUCUUGUGUAUAAUAAGACGUUGAAGAAGGACAGUGACAGCCAACUUUGAU